AUGAUUACACCAGCUCCAGACCUAAAAACUCGAAUAGUAGAGCGCGAUUUCGAUGCGGCCAGUUACGUCCAUGGCCUUAUUACUAGUUUAGGAAGCGAUGUUUCCAGCUACGUAGCAUCGGGCGUGCCCCAAUUCUUUCAAGACUUCCCUAGUGGCACAGCCGUAGAAAGUUCUCUGGGGAUAAACAGCUCAGAUCUUGCCGCAACGCCAACUCAAGUUCUAAAUCUUCCGGCCUAUGCCAAUUGGACCGAGCAAGGAUGGAACGUUAGGAUACAUGGCAAUGUCUACAAGCAGCCCAAUAUCUCGGAGUCAAAGCUCAAUGACUUGGCCAAUGUAUUCCUAGUUGGUACAGAUAUUGAGGAGUUGUCAUUGCCGGAACAAACGCAGGCGAGGAAUAUGACGGCUUCCAUCUUCGUCGUUCAGCAAAGGGAUGUGAAUGUCACUAUGAACUUCGAGAACGACGUCGAUAUCCGCCCUGAUGCAAGCGGCGGCGUCAUAAAUGCUGAAGGUGGUGCUCAAACCCUCAAGCUUCCGUACCCGACGACUGAUGAGGGCGACUUCGAUGCAUUGGUCCUCCUUCAGAAUACAACAGGUCCCAGUGGUGGACACUUAAUGGCCGGUAACGCUACUUCAUCCAUUCAGGCUCUCAAUAUGUAUACGAACGGGACCAAUUCGGGAAACGCGACCGCCUACCUAGUUCCGCCAGAGGGUUUCACCAUUAUCUCCGAUAUCGACGAUAUUCUCCGUGUCACCAAGAUUUAUGAUCCGAAGGAGGGUCUCCUGAAUUCUUUUGCUCGAGCGUUCACGCCCUGGAUGAACAUGCCGGAAAUAUACGCCAAUUGGUCCGCUACCAUACCAAAUUUCCACUUUCAUUACCUCACUACAACACCGGAACAGGUGACGAGAAACUAUAUGGAUUUCAUCUUCAAGACAUACCCCCUAGGCUCAUUCGACACGCGACCCCUCAACUUCUCAGACGUUUCGGCAACAUUAUCAAUCCGCAAAGCGCUGCUAGACAAGAUCUUCCAGACAUUCCCGCAGCGUAAAUUCGUCCUCAUUGCCGAUACAUCCAAUUCGGAUGUCAUGAAGGAUUACCCGCAGAUGGUAAAAGACUACCCGGGCCAGGUCCAGUGCAUCUUUCUACGCAACACCACCGCCACGGACAGUUCGGACCUGUUUCCGUACGAUACGAAGGGCUUCGAGGGCAUUGACCAGAAGCAGUACAUGUUCUUCUUAACUCCUGACGACCUGAAAGGAGUAGAUAUUGUUGGCGGAAAUUGCUAUAAUCCAGCUGUCAUUCAGAACGUGACGUACGGGUAUCAAGGUCGCGGAUUUGGAAAUGCCGGCUCUUCCUCCGUCCGUUGGAGCUGGAGUUUAAGUUGGCUACCAGUUAUGGCAGUGCUUUGCUUGUCUCUCUAA